ANAUUCGUGUACUAUUUUUGUCGAAAGAUUUAUAUCGAAUGCGCAAACAUCCUGUGUUAAAAUCCCACUGCGUUUCUUUUUUUUUCGCGUAUACCAUGAUUUUAUUUUUUGUUGUCUUUGUGAUUAUUCCCGGGCUUUUUUCGAGAGUCGGCGCAGUGUACCGUUACGAGGUGAUCACGAAUGCAGUGAACAAUGCUCCUCUGGGUGUGAGGCCGGUUCCGGAAAACGAAUAUCCGGUUUUCGAAAAACCGGAAAGAGGUGAUAUCAGUACCCAAUUGGCGUGCUGGACCUGCAGUUCCGUGAAGCAAGACCUUUUGCCGAAAGACGGGUUGCCAGAGAUCACGACGAAGCUGGACGGGUUCUCAGAGUGUAAACCGUAUUUACAGGGUGUUUUCGAUCAGGCCACUAGCGAAUUCGGGGAAAUCACGCGAUUUGAUCCCGAGGAUAAUGCCCAUUGUCUUGUCAUUGAGUCUGUUGAUGGUGAGUUAAUUGGGGGUCGAUCCUGGCUUGAAUUUGCACGUUAAAAUUUUUAGCAGCGCGGAAAAUAAUGUGCAAGCUUCAAACGGACAGUGAGUCAAUGCGGCUCAAGCAUGAAACUCAGUUUUCAGAUAUACUGUAUACUGGAGGUAAUUUUUGGGUUGCAUUUUUCCCCUUUUUGAGACACAAAAUGUCCUUGCAUUAUUAAUGAAAUGAUUGAAAUUUGUCUGGAAAAGCUUCCAGUCCAGAAGCUUUCUUCAAAGUGAUAAAUUUAUUGAGCAAUGAAGUCUUGUUAUCUUUAUC